AUGCUGGCCUAUGUCGAGAAGCACGACCAUGGGAGCUGGAGAGCUUUGCCGGCGAAAGCCGGGCUGCAGCGGUGUGGGAAGAGUUGCAAGUUGAGGUGGACCAACUACCUGACUUCGGACAUCAACAGAGGGGAGUUUAGUUCGCAGGAGGAGCAGACCAUCGUCCAACCGCAUGCCCUGCUCGGGAACAGGUGGUCUGCGAUCGCGACGCACUUGCCGAAGAGAACGGACAAUGAGAUCAAGAACUACUGGAACACGCACCUAAAGAAGCGGUUGGCGAAGAUGGGCAUCGACCCGUGCACGCACAAGGCGAAGACCGAUGCCCUCGGCCCCGCCGUCGAAGCCGGACCCUCCCGGAGUGCCGCCAACCUCAGCCACAUGGCGCAGUGGGAGAGCGCGCGACUGGAGGCCGAGGCGCGCCUCGUGCGCGAGUCAAGGUUGAGAGGGGAGAAUGGAGAUCGGCGUAGAAAUAUUAGCGCAAUUGAGCCACCAAACCUCAUUCAAAUUGUCAGCUGGCGCUAA